GGGCGGUGCGUCUUUCUGUAAAUACUAUAAAAGUCACCUGAUCCUCCUCGGGGCUCACCACUCCGUUGUCUCUCAUCUAACAUUUAUUCCGCCGGACAACCAGGAGCCUAAACAUGAGUGGAAUAAAAAAAUCCCCCGAGGAACUCAAGCAGAUCUUUGAAAAAUACGCGGCCAAGGAGGGGGAUCCUGACCAGCUGUGCAAAGAGGAGUUGAAACUGUUGAUACAGGCUGAAUUUCCCCAAUUAUUAAAGGGCUCGACCACUCUCGAUGCCUUAUUCCAAGAACUGGACAAAAACGGAGACGGAGAAGUCAGUUUUGAGGAAUUCCAGGCGCUCGUCAAAAAGAUAGCCCAGUGAGGUUGCCUCACCACCAAGAGAAGGAAGGGAUUUCACAUCGGCCCCAGAGAGGACUUUCGAGACCUUGACUCUCAGGGAAAAACGUAAUGAUACCCAACGCCACCGGAUUCUAUCGACGCGCGAGGCGACGUUCCGGCUGUGAGAUCAAUAAAUGUUCUCUUCGUUAACAAUAAAGCCUCUUCCUUCUCGUGGUAAAACAA